AUGGGGCCGAAGGGUAUGGGCUUCCCUGCCGACGGGAUAGACAAUCAUGGCUGGAAGUUAUACAUCACCUCUAUGGUAAUGAUCAUCGCCGCCGGCUUGAUUGUUACUUUUAGAUGUGCGAGUCGAGUCUAUCUCUUCAACUUUGGUGCUGACGAUGUUGUCAUCAUCUUCUCCUUGCUUGCCAUCGAAAAUGGCUACGGAAUGCACAAAGCCGAUCUCACUGUGGUUGAGCUCAACACCGCUCUGAGGUGGUUCUUCAUUGCUCAAACCCCCUACAAAGUAACUGUCUGCCUCAACAAAGUGGCCACCAUCCUACUUUAUCAGCGUAUUUUUGUUACCAAGAAAUUCCAGAUUGCGUCGUAUAUUGUAAUGGGAGUCGUCGUUGCUUGGAGCAUUGGAGGUGUAGGAUCUACUAUUUUCCAAUGUGUUCCUAUUGCUGGUGCUUGGGAUAAGAGUGUCAAGGCAACAUGCAUCAACUCGGAUAUAUUCUGGGUCGCCUAUGCCGUCAUGAACAUCUUGACAGAUGUGAUGGUUUUGGCUCUUCCCAUCGCGCCUAUCAUGCAACUCCAGCUCAGCCCACGCAGCAAGGUGAUGCUGUGUGCCAUCUUCCUGAUGGGCGGUUUUGUUACUGUCACGUCAAUCCUCAGAGCAACAUCUGUGAAAAACUCACUCGCCAAUAAAGCAGAUACCACAUGGAACUUUAUUGAUCGCGGCAUGUGGACGUUGAUCGAGGCCAAUGCAGGCAUUAUCGGCGCCUGUCUUCCCGCUCUAAGACAGCCUUUGGCUCGAAUAUUCCCUCGCUUCUUCGAAUCGACCAUGAAGAACUCAAACCACAAUGACAACAGAACUCCAGGCAAGGGGGCCUUUAAUCUCUCCAACUUAUCUGGGCAUGCAUCCCAUCCAGGCAUGUGGCGGGGAGGAGGGCACAGUCGCCAGGUUGUGUCCAUCUCCGGACCCGAAGCAGGAUUGGGGAGGAAAAGUGAUGAGCUACACAUCAUCGAUGAUGGUCUCAAAGAUAAUGAUAGUGGCUCUGAUACCGCAGGCGUUCAGGGUAUCUCUAAAACGGUUGAUGUUGUGAGGACGUCAUACCACAUGGACCGGGCGUAA